AUGUUCCCUGAGCUCAAGCAUAGUGGGCCUCCAGGCCCCAUGAGAGCCUCUCUGGCUAUGCGAUUACGGUUGGCUGGCCACUGGCAGAUGACGAUCGCGACAUCAUAUCGCAACGUGGAGACCAAAACGACUGGAGGCAAUUCAGAGAGGCCAAAGAUGUUUGUCUUCUCCGUAAUCAUCGCGCCAGCCGCCAGCCGCGAACCGCACCAAGACACCCUGUUUGGGCCAGAGACGCCCUCUGAUCGAGAAUACAGGAUUGCACAUACAUCAGACGCAAGCCAGUCGCGCGUUGUUGUUCAAGGGUUGUACACAACAAAGGGGGUGGGUGGGUGUGAGAGGGUCGUUGGGCUGUGCGAUGCAUACCGCUUCGAAACAGUGCAGAACGGCCUCAGUCUGCAGGAACGAGUUCAGUCGGAGGCCGAAAAAGGGGCCCCUGACCGGAAACAGGUACCCAGACUGUACUUCUGUUGUCACUCAGAAGCGGUAAUGUACCUGCCUGUGGACAACUGGACCUCCCGCCGCUAA